GGUCUCACCGACAGCCCCGGCCCUUCGGCCGACGACGUGGCCCCCGCUUUGCCCGCCUUGGCCGCCUUGGCCGCUCACGCCAAGCGGGACCACCGCCAACCCGCCCUGGGAGCCAUCGCCAACGCUUGCGCCCGCGCUCCUCUCCGACCCGCCUUGGGGGCCGCCGGGGCGGUGGAAGCGGUGACGGAAGAGGUGAGGAGAGCGUUGGCGUCUCCCAACGUCGCCGGUGCCACCGUAGCCGUCCGGGCGCUCUGCCUGUUGUGCCGGGAAGCCGUCAACCGAGCGCGGGUACGAGCGGCCGGCGGGUUGGGGUUGCUCCUGCGCCUCCUGGCCGAACCCCGCGCCCGGCCGUGGCGUCCCCGCGUCCUUCUGGCUUUGGCCGCCUUCGCCUACGACCAGGAGGCGUUGGCGGCUCUGGAAGCUCGAGGCCUCGUCCCGCUCCUUGCCGACGUCCUGCGAGCCCGGGCCGAUGAGGAGGAGGACGAAGAGGAGGAGGACGAAGAGGAGGAAGACGAAGAGGAGGAGGAUGAACGUCGCCUGCCCCCCAUGGGGGCCCUGGCCUUACCCCGGGGGGUGGGCGAGGGGGAUCCCUGGCUCCCCGAAGCUCCCGCUCUCCUACUUUUGGGACGGCUGGCAGCCGCCGAUGAACCCAGCCGAGCCCUGGCCACUGCCCCCGUUGUUUCGGGGCUCCUUCGUUACCUGACGGGGGUCCCAGCUCCAGCCCCCCGGGCUGCCCGGGUGCUGCAGCGCCUGACAGGGCACCCUGCUUUUUUGGGGGCCCUGGUCCGGGCUUACGUCCCCUCCCUGCUCCAUUCCUGGCUGGUCCUCGGCUUCACCCCACCCCAGGCCGAGGAACUUUCGCGGCCCGGGGGACCCAGGCAUCCGGCUGCCCCCCCUCACCCCCGCCAGGCACGCCUCAAGGAGUUGGGUGAGGGACUCCUGCGCAACCUGGGGGCGGCGGCAGCGGCCCCCUUCGGCGUGGGGCUGCUGACUCACAUGCUGCGCUGCGGAGCCCCCCCAGCCCGCCUGGCCUGUGCCACCGCCCUGCCUUUGCUCACCAGGCCGGCGUCCCCGGCGCGGGGGCUGCUGUGGGGAGGGGGUGCGGUGGCCCUGCUGCUCUCGGCGGUGGCCCGGGGUCCCACGUCCCCCUACGAGCCCCCCCCGGCCUUCGCCCUCUACGCUGCCGAUGCCAUCGCCCUCCUGCGGGGACAUGCCGGGGACACGCCGGGAGACAUCGGGGAUGCGGCAGGGGACGGUGAGGACACGCUGGGACGUGCCAGCGCCGAGGACCUGCAGGUGCACGGAGACGGGGACACCAGGGACCUGUGGGAACCCGGGGACGCUGAGGACCUGUGGGGACAAGCGGACAGACGCGGGGAGAGUGGCGACAUCCUUGGGGAGAACGGUGACCUGCAGAGACCUCCGGACCGCCACAAGGACCUCAAGGACCCGUGGGGACACCCAGACACCUUUGGGGAUGCUGAGGACACCUGGGGACACAUGGAUGGCCACGCAACCUCUCCUGCGGAUGGACACGGUGACAUCGGGGACGCGCCAGGGUGCACCGAUGGACAUGGGGACCUGUGGGGACACGCAGACGGACUUGGGGACGCUGAUGACUCGUGGGGACCCCCGGGAUCCCCGUGUCCCCUCUCCCCCGUGACCCUCUAUCCCCCACCCCUGCUGUCCCCUGUGUCCCCAUGUCCCCAAGUAUCUCCAGACCCGUUUUCCCUGGGCCCCCCCUGUCCCCAAGUGUCCCAGAGGGCUGCUAAACGUCCCCGAUCAUCCUCUUGUCCCCAGCUGUCCCCAAACCCUCCCAACCUCCAUUCCCCAGUGGCCCCAAGACCCCCCAAAUGUCCCCUGCUCUCCUCUCCUCCUCCGCUGCCCUCAAACCUCCCCAACUCGUGUCCUGGGGCACCUCUGAGGUCCCCCAACCCCUGUCCCCAACUGUCCCCAUGUCCCCAAGUUUCCCCAACCCCCCUCGACCCGUGUCCCCAGGUGUCCCCAACGUCCUCCAACCCAUCUCCCCAACCAUCUCCCCGUCUCCGAGCCUCCCUAAGCUCCUCCAACUCCUGUCCCCAAGCGUCCCCAAGCUCCUCCAACCCAUCUCCGCCACCGUCUCCAGCCCCCCAAGCAUCCCCGACCCCCCCAACCGCCCGUCCCCCGGUGUCCCCAACGUGUCCCUAUGCCCGGACCCCCCACGACCUCCUCCUCCUCCCCAACGGCACCCACCCCGGGGUGCCAGCGGCCCGGGCGGCCCUGACCCGGGGGUCCCCCGUCUUGGGAGCCAUGUUGGGGGGAGCCUUCGCCGAGGCCCGCCAGGCAGCGGUGACCUUAGGCUGCGCCCCCCGCCACCCUCUCCUCCUCCUCCUCCAUUUUGUCCAUGGCUGCCGGGGUCACCCCAAGGACAAAUGUCCCCUCCUGUCCCCGCCGGUGGCCCCCGCCGCCGCCGACGCUGCCAUUGCCUUGGCCCGCCGUUAUUUGGUGGACGGUUUCGAGGGCGUCAUGGUCGCCGCUGUCACCGCAUCCCCCGGUGCCCUCUGGGCCUUGGCCGAAAGGUGGGGUUGCGCCCCGUUGGCCACCCGGGCCGCCCAAGCCAUUUUGGGGGGGCCACCCCACGACGUGGCCCCUCGGUUGGUUCGGGUGGCGCAGUUGGCCCGAUGUCCCCCUCGCUUGGCCAGGGCCUUGAUGGCUGCUGUGGCACCCCGGGGGGUCCAGCCCCACCUUGAGAUGGGGGAGCCGUGGGGUGGGGGUGACCCCUUGCUGCGACUCCCCGGAGAUGCCAAUGGGGACCUCGGGGACGUCCAGGAGGACCUCGGGGACUUGGAAGAUGAUUUUGGGGUCCCUUACGAGGAUCUCGGGGAUAGCCGGGGAGACCUCGGCAAUGUGGCAGACCCCUUUGGGGACCCGUCUGUGGAUGUUGGGGACCCCUUAGGUGAAGAUGAUGGGGACGUGGAGGUCAAGGGGCCUCUCUAAGACCUUGGGGACCCCUUUGGGGAUCUUGGGGACCACGGCAUGGGUGUUGGGGACCCCUUAGAUGAAGACGAGGAGGACGUGGAGGUCAGGGACCUCUCUAGGACCUUGGGGACCACUGCAUCAGUGUUGGGGACCUCUCUAAGACCACGGGGACGCCCUCAGGGAUAUCUCUGGAUGUUGGGGACCCCUUAGAUGAUGUGGCCAUGAAGGUCAGAGGACUUCUCCAAAGCCUUGGGGGCCCUUUUUUAUGGGUCUUGGCGACCCCUUAGGUGAAAAUCAGGAGGACGUGGUCAGGGGACCUUUCUGAGACCUUGGGGACAUCCUGGAGGACCCCUUUAUGCCUGUUAGGGACCCCUUAGACAGGGACGAGGGAGACAAAGAUGUCAGGAGAGCUCUCUGAGAUCUUGGGGACACCUUUAGGGACCUUGAGGAGAUGGAGGACACCUUCAGGGACCUCCAUGGGAACCUCAGGGAGGACUUCAAGGAUGUGGUGGACCACCUUGGGGACCCCUUCGAUGAGAACAUGGAGGUCAAGGGACCUCCCUGAGACCUCGAGAACACCCAUUAAUCUGGGGACGCACUGAAGGACCGUAGCAACGUUGGAGAACUCUUAGAUGAAGAUGAGGAGGACGUGGGGGUUGAGGGACACCCUUGGGGUCCUCCUCUAGAUGUUAAGGCCUUUUUUGAUGAUAAAGACGAGGCUGAGGAGAUGGGGAGCCCCCCCCAUAAGGACUUG